AGCUGGGCACCUUGAGCUUGACCUAUGCCUCCAUCUACGUCCCGGCGGAGACCUGCUCUAUAACGUCCAGUUGCAUUGUUACGGAGAUCUAGACUCUCUAUGUCGCUCUCUCAAGUCUUCCAAAAGCUAGAAGCUGCACAGGCUCAACGCCUAGAAGUUGCUGCAGGCCACACUUCAACCUUCAGCUACAGAGAUGCUCAGACUCGUCUCGCGAGGCACAAGAACCGCUAUUCAGACAUUGUACCGUUUGAUCGGAACCGUAUCAAACUGAGGGAUGCGCCUAGUGAGCAGCAUGCCGCUGACGACUAUAUCAAUGCGAGUCUCAUUGAAUGCACAAGCAAGCGCCGAUAUAUCGCCUGCCAGGGACCGCUUGACCACACAGCUGCGGACUUUUGGCAGAUGGUCUGGCAAGAUUCGUCACUCAUUGUAAUGCUAUGCGAUGUCAUGGAGAAUGGUCGGCCAAAGUGUGCACGCUACUGGCCGGAUGUGCUAGAUCAAGUGGCAACUUUUGAGAGUACACGGGAUAAGCCAAGGCGUUCCUUCACGGUCAAGUGUCUGGGGACUCACUAUGAUGCGCCUGCAGAUACUCAAGUUACUCGGCUCAGGUUAAGUCACAAUGGUCUACAGAAGUCGAAGAAUGUCACCCAUCUGCGCUUCUGUUCCUGGCCAGAUUAUGGCGUGGCUGAUAUUGAGAAGCUGAAGGCCUUGGUCAAGGUUGUAGAGGUCCAUCGGCUGGAGCAGGUAGGGAAGGAGCUCCCCAUUGUCCACUGCUCAGCAGGCUGCGGGCGGACUGGGACGUUCAUUGCGAUGAGCAUCUUGCAGUUGGACGCUCCUGAAACGCCCGUGUCCGAGCUCGUUGACAUGCUCCGUCGGCAGCGGAUAUCCAUGGUUCAAUCAUACAGCCAGUUUGAGCUGCUACACCAAUACCAAGCACUUUGCAAGGCACACAGAUAGAACCCUUCAACCUCGUAUGACUGCUCCUUUUCGCGGUGACGUCCUUGAAAGUUGAAUGUUGAACACGUCUCAUUGAACUCAUUGAACUUGACGCGACGCGACACCUGAGCUUGUUCAUAGACGCAGAUACCUACAUCAAGGCUAUGCCGCGAGGCAGAAAACGUACGCAGUAUGCUCUGUCCUGUCUACUGCUGACGACCAGUGGGAUCUAGUAAUAAGCCUGUACAGCGCGGCCAAUUUGAUCGCUAGAGCUCGUAAACUGACGGACUAUAGAAGAAUCCAGACACCAUCAAGCCACGCAAAC